AUGGCAUCAUUAGCUAACGAUAUUAAAAAAAAUAUGAAAACGAAAUUAGCUCGACAAGUUGCAAAUUCAUCGAUGAGUCAACAACCGUUAAUAGGAACUAUACCAUCCAAUGAUAUGUUAAUAACACCAGAUGCUUAUUUUAAACAAAAUUUAAAGCGAGCUGCUAUCUAUUCAUUUAGAGCUCAUAUUGAUGAUCGAGAAAUCAUUGCUGAAUUAAAAGAGAAGAAGGAGGCACAACAAGAAUAUAUUAAUGCUCUAAAACAAGACUAUGGGGCUUAUUUGUUGGAGCAAGAUGAAAAAUCAAAUGAUAGUUUUAUUGUUAAUAUUGGCGGUUUACCUCCAUCAAAAGAAUGUAUUAUUACUAUAGCUUAUGUUUCUGAAUUGGAAUUUGUUCAGAAAUCUACAAUUGAAUUCGUAGUUCCAACAACUAUUGCACCUCGUUACAAUCCCGAAAAGAGUAGAAUUUCAUCACCAGCAAAUACAAAUUCUUUAUAUGUUCAAUCAUGUCCAUAUACAAUUGAAUUUUAUUGCCGAAUUGAAAAGAUUGGACAACAGAUUGCUCAAAUAAAUUCAACAUCACAUCCGAUUAAAAUCGAUAUGAACCAAACAGAUGCUUAUAUAAUAACGUUUAGCCAAGAAAAUACACAUUUAGAUCGAGAUAUACGAAUCAAUAUUGAAUUUGCAACACAACAUGAUAGUACGAUUCUUGCUGUUGAAUCUAGUGCUGUGAUGGUUGCAUUAGUACCUACUGAUAACAAUUAUUGUCAACCAACGAUAUUGAAUAAUGAAUUUAUUUUUGUUGUUGAUUGUAGCGGAUCAAUGCAACAUGAAAAUAAGAUCGAACUUGUACGACAAGCAAUAUUUGUCUUUCUCAAAAGUUUACCGAUCAAUUGUUAUUUCAAUAUAAUUCGUUUUGGUUCCGAUUAUGAAAGUCUUUUUGAAAAGCGUACUGCAAUCUAUAAUGAAGAAAAUGUUCGAAAAGCUGAAGAACUCAUUGAAUGUAUGCAAGCCGAUAUGGGUGGCACUGAACUACUAAGACCAUUACAAUGGCUUGAACAACAAACGCCUGAUCAAGGACGAGGACGUCAGAUUUUUCUUUUAACUGAUGGAGAGAUUUCCAAUGUUUCUGAAGUGCUCGAACUAUGUCGAUCAAUGGCUUCAACUAGUCGAAUAUUUUCAUUUGGUUUAGGUCAAUCACCCAGCCGUUCUUUUGUUAAAGGUCUUGCUCGAUCCACCAACGGUCAAUUUACUUUUAUUCCACCAAAUACAAGUGUUGAUGAUCGAGUAUGUCAACAGUUACACAGAGCUCUUCAACCAUGCAUUACUAAUACACAUAUUAAAUGGAAUCUUGGAGUUGAAGUUCAAAAUGUUCCGAAACAGUUACCCCCAAUCUAUUUCAAUGAUAGAAUCAUUGCAUACGCUCUCAUUAGUGAUAAAACUAUUCCAUUCAAUCAUGAUUCUUCUGUUGAGAUUGAAAUUCAUCCAGAUAAUCAUCGAUUAGCUACAGCUAAAGUCAAUCGAGUACCGAUUGUAUGUGACAAUGGAACAAUUGCAAGACUUGCUGCAAAAGCACUUAUUCUUGAAUUACUACAUGAGAAAGUUCCAUCAGAGGAAUCCACAAGACAAAUUCUAUUUCAAUCAGAAAAAGAAGAAACUAUAACGAAGAAAGAGCAAGUUAUUGCAUUGUCUCUUAAAUACAAUAUAUUAAGUCCAUAUACUGCGUUUGUUGGCAUUGAGAAACGAAUAAAUCAAGACAACAGUGACAUGAUUUUACGUGAAGUUCCCAUUGAAAUAUCUGCAGAUAAUCAAUACUUACAAUCGACUUACCCAUCAAUUCAUAAUGGAAUGUCACCAAUUUAUUCUCCCACUGCACCGUCUUAUUUUUCACUAUGCUGCUAUUCACCUGGUUAUUGUCCUGCUUCACCAAGUUAUUGUCCUGUUUCACCGUGUUAUUCACCUGCUUCACCGUGUUAUUCUCCUACUUCACCGUGUUAUUUUUCACCGUGUCAUUCACCUACUUCACCAAGUUAUUCUCUUGCUUCUCCAAGUUAUUGUCCUACUUCACCACGUUAUUCACCUACUUCACCGAGUAGUUAUAGUCCUACUUCACCGCAGUAUAUACUAUCACCUUCAAAUGCUGUAUUCUGUUCACCGAAAUGUAUAAAAAGUUCAUCAAAUGACGAAACAAUGACGGGUGACGAUGAAACUCCUUCCCGACAUACUGCUGGUGAUAAAGAUUUAACAACAACUAACAUUAAGAAGAGACAGUACAGUAUAUAUGAUAAUUGGCCUCAAAAUGACCAAGAUAUUGUUCGCCAUAUCAUCAAGAAACAAACAUUCAAUGGUCUUUGGAAUUUUGACAUUGAAAGUAUUGAACGUUUGAUUCAAAAACCUUUAUCGGAAUUUCAAUUGAAAUACUCUCAAAUUGAUUGUAAAAUUCUUAUAUCGAUCAUUGUCAUUGCUGUACUUGAAAGGAAUUUCAAAGCUUUUGAAUUAUUAUGGGAUGCUGUUGUACAAAAAGCCCGCAAACAUCUUACAGAGUUGCUCAACGAUGAAUCCGUUGAUUUCGAUACACUAAUAACCGAAAUCUUGCAAGAACUGUGA